AUGUCAUCACCUCUGACUCUUGUCUGUCUUUUUCUUCUCCUCUCAUUCACCUCACACCCAGUCCUUACCAACAUCGUGACAGAUGGUGGCGCUCUGCCAAAGCUAGAGACGGACCUUUCCGGGGUGCCCCUCCAUCUGAUGAAUGAUGAAGUGGCUGUGAAUGUGGACGAGAAUGAGGAGCUGGAUGGGCCUGAUGAGGGCGAUGGAAGAGAGGGUGGCCUCAUGCCAGCUGCAUUGCGUAGCCGCUGGAGAAGGAUCAACUGUGGUCCUCGUCAUGGAAGUAGAAGGUCCCAACGCUUGCCACGUCCAUCUCAUCCUCCUCGUCUUCCUCAAAGAUCAUUUGCUCUUGCCUGA